AUGGAGGACGAGAAUUGCGCCGUGAUGCAGGAGCAGGCGUACGUCGCGCUGCAAGCGGAGCUGCAGGAGGCGCGGCGCGAGCUCGAGGAGCUGCAGGAGCGCGCCGCGCGCCGCGAGCAGAUCCAGCCGGCGGGGCUGCAGGAGCUGCAGGACCAGCUCGAGAUGGCGGACGAGGUGCGGGCGACGCUGUGCGCCGACAUCGCAAAGCGCACCGAGGAGCUCGUGCAGGUCAAGCUCGAGCGCGCGCAGGAGAGCGUGCUGCUCGAGGAGACGGUGCACAAGCUCCGGCACCAGACGGCGAAGAACCGCCAGCUCGCCCUUCGCAUGACCGAGCUGGAGGUGCAGCUCGCAGAGCGCGAAAACACGUCCGCCGAGACGGAGGAGGGCAUCGCGGGCGCCUUCCGCGAGGUGAUGCAGAUGCAGGAGAAGAAGAUCAUCGACCUGGAGGAGCGGCUGCGCGAGAGCAAGGAGGCGCUCGACGCGGCGGCGGAGAAGGGCGGUGGCGGCAGCAAGCCAAAGCGAAAGGGGUCGCUCUGGUAG